CAAUUACUAAGACCGCGGCGACGCGAUCUGUUGGCGGUGCCGGCGGCGCGCACCGUGUCGCGCAUGAAUUCUCCAUUGCUUCGCUCUCUCUCACAAUUGAAUGCGCUCUUGACAUUAGCACCGGAGUGCGACUUGAUUGCGUGGCGAUGGGCGGCUGUGAGAAGGGAAUGCCUGAGAUUCUGUGAGAUGAUGGAUGCUAGGCCCUCAACUGUUGUUGUGUAGUUUUACGCUGUUAAUUUAUAUAAUUUCAUGACGUAUUGGUUGCGACUGUAAUGUUAUGGAAAUAUGUUUGAAAUAAAUAAAAUAAAAUAGUAGUGCGACUGUGACAGUUGCGUUUUGUUCGCCACGGAGCGUGAACGAUAUGCACGUUGACUACGUGACCUGGUGCGAUAAUUAGCAGAUUAUAUUACUAUAAAGAAUAUUUAAAGGGCCAUACGCAUGUACUGUAAAACUUUGUACCAUACAUGUGCGAAUAGGUAAUUCGCAACUCGUGUCGAUUUAAAACACUUCCUACUAUUCGCACUUGUAUUAUAAUUUGUAUUUGUAACUUUUAGACCCAGAUGCUUAGUGCAGAAGCGCUGGUGGCCUAGCGGUAAGAGCGUGCGACUUGCAAUCGCUGGAAAUGGAGGUCGCGGGUUCAAACCCCGGCUCGUACCAAUGAGUUUUUCGGAACUUAUGUACGAAAUAUCAUUUGAUAUUUACCAGUCGCUUUUCGGUGAAGGAAAACAUCGUAAGGAAACCGGACUAAUCCUAACAAGGCCUAGUUUACCCUCCCGGGUUGGAAGGUCAGAUGGCAGUCGCUUUCGUAAAAACUAGUGCCUACGCCAAAUCUUGGGAUUAGUUGUCAAGCGGACCCCAGGCCCCCAUGAGCCGUGGCAAAAUGCCGGGACAACGCGAGGAAGAAGAAGAGACCCAGAUGCUUAGUGCUUUUACCAAGAUAAUUCAUCAAAACAAUAUUUUAAUCUAAUGUGUCUAUUUAGCGGAACAAGUUCAAUCUACGUAUACAAAUGAGCUCUAAUUAAUAAUCAAGCUAAUACAAUGAGCCAACCACAGACCGCUUACCCGCUAAUCAUCUAUAUGUUUCACUCGCAUAACUUAAACUCUCUUUAUGUCUCUUUAUUGUAUAGGGAUCCGCACGCCGCUCCGGUAUGCGAGCGGGACACUGAUGUAGACGUGCACUGCAUAAGCUUGUCUUUGUCAUUGAUGACCGCCACGACCGGUCUGGCCUUGUGGAUAGUGACCCUGCCUAUGAAGCUGAUGGUCCUGAGAUCGGAUCCCGUCAAUCCGCUUCCGUUCCCGGCGUGCAAAGCAAACGACAUUGACUGCCUCCGCCGCGGCUUCAGAACCUUCUUCUUCCUGAUGGAAUCUGGCCAUAUGGGUAUGCGGCCGAUCGACCCGGCCGUAGUGAACAGUGUGGCCGUGACCUUGCCAGAGCAGCACGUGUCAUUUCUGCUAAGGAGGGUCAACGUUACCGGGGCUAAGUGGACGAAGCUCGCAGAACGAAGAUUUCAUUUGCACAGUGGUAAAAGCGGGGCCAUUUUCAACAGUGACCUUCAUGUUGGAGCCGAGAUAAUCAUGAAAGUUGCGGAUAGGGUGGAGCCAUAUUCAUCCUACAUAACUAUGGACAUACAGGAGGUAGAAAGCAACAUUACCUACACCUGGGCUGGUACUAACGUGAACAACGAAGACUACAUCCUAAUCGGACCGGAGCGGAUCGCAGUGAGGAAUCGACGCACGCCUACGUAUUUCCUACAGCCGAUUAACAACAACUUCCUGGACAUGAACAUGAUCGAGGCUGGUCUCCAGGCGAAGACCUCAGUUCUGGACCAUUUCUCCAAUGAGAUUGUCACAGCAAUCAUGCAUUCUGUGGUGGAUAACUUUAGGCUCUUUGCAAGGAAAAUACCAGUCAAAUAUUAUUACCAGUACAGUUCUUUCAUUUAGUCUUAAGUAGCCAAUAGCUUUAUAGAAAGCAUUGUCUUGAGACAUUAAUUGUUUAAGGUUAAGGAAACAUGAAGAAAACUACAAUUUAAUUCAUUUUUAAUGCAAUAGCUCAAAUGAUUAAUAAAAGAAUUUAAAAACUU